AUGGCCGUUGCGGCUGCCAAAGAAGAAACGUUUAGAAAGUACAGCACAGAAGAGGCACAGCGCUACGCUCAAUAUCGCCAGGACUACAGCCAGGCGCUCUACGAUGCCGUCCUCCUGUUCCAUGCCUCGUCGGGUGGCAAGAACGGAACCCUGGUCGACGUAGGCUGCGGACCGGGCAACGUCACCCGCGCCCUCGGGACACACUUCCAGCAGGCCAUCGGCCUCGACGCCUCGCCGUCCAUGGCGCUGCAGGCCGACGAGAUCAGCCGCGCCGCGGGCGCCACCACCCGGUCCGGCGAGCCCUUGUCCUUUUACCAAUCGUCUGCCGAGUCGCUCGGCGCGGAUCUCGACGAGGGGCACGCCAUCCGCGACGGCAGCGUGGACCUCGUGACCGUCGCCAACGCCGCGCACUGGUUCGACAUGCCGGCGUUUUGGCGCGCCGCGCGCCGCGUCCUCCGGCCACGCGGGACCGUCGCCGUCUGGAUCCCCGGCGAGGGCCUCGUGCACCCUUCGACGCCUGGCGCGGCGGCGCUCGACGCGGUGCUGCAGCGCUUCAUCACGCGCGACCUGCUGCCGCACUACCUGCCGGGCAACUUCCUGUUCCGGGACCGCUACCGCAGCCUGCCGGUGCCGUGGACGGCCGACCCGCCGGUGCGCGGGUUCGACAGAGGUGCGUUUGAGCGCCGCGAGUGGGACAUUGCGUACGACAAGCCGUUUGUCCGCGGCGGCGACCGCCCGGUGGGCCUGGACGUGAUUGAGGCGGCGGCGAGCACCAUGAGCCCGGUGACGCGCUGGCGCGAGGCGAAUGCAGAGCUCGUGGGCACGGAGCGCGAUGUGGUGAGGGUGCUGCGGAGGGACAUGGAGGCGGUGCUGCGUGAGAAUGGCGUGGCCGAGGGCGAGGAGCGGGUGCGGAUGAUCAUGGACGGCACGCUGCUGCUGUUCAAGAAAAGCGGGUAG